CCAAGGGCUGUGAUGGGCACAAUUCUCGUCCUAGAGGUCAAUCUUCCCCCGUAUACGGAGUAGACGCGAAGGAGUGGAGGCCUUUUCGCAGAUGGAUGAAUGAAUGAAUAAAUCAAUGAAGUCAUAGCUAUUCUAUUGCUUAUGAAUUUACAGAGCGUUUUGGCUGUCCCAUCACGAGAUGAGUACAUCAUCAUUGCUGCAUCUACAGUGGCUGAGUUGAUGCCGGCAAUUGAUAAUUGUAUAUUUGCUCCCGAUUUUUUCCUUGUUUCUUUUCCCCUAUUUCCUCCUUCCCCCCUCCUCUUUUUUUUUUUUUUUUUUUUUUCUUUUUUGAAAUUCAGGAUCAUGAUUCAGCCUAGACCAUAUUGAAUUCUGAAAAUAUGAAAUUAUUCAACUAGAUCUCUGAGAAUUUCACCAGUUCUCAAUACAGAACUGUUGGAAUCUGUCAUUAUAGUAUUUCUUCCACUCUGUGGUUUUAUGAGUUUGAGUUAUGCAUUCAUCUCUUUUCAUAAUUUCAUGUGUUUUAUUACUUAAACAUGUUGAGUUUUUUGCUUGUGAAGACAGAUCAAAAAUAAUAGUUUCAAAGAUCUUCUGUAUUCAACUCCGCUCUAUGGAGUCAUGUUCCGUCCAGAUUAUUAUUAUUAUUUGAGUGCUCUGUCUGGCCUGAUGUGCUGAAAUGCCGCCUGAAAUAAGGAUUCUGAAGGGAUGUGAAGAGAAACUUUAUGAUUGCGUUCUCUUUCAUCUCUUUCCGGCCUUGAACUGUUAUUAUCGAUAUGAAUACGCAAGUUUAAUAUUUUCUUGCCUUUUCUUUCGCUUUUCCCUAAGUUUUUCCUCUUCGAUUUUGUGCUUGUUAUUUUUAUUUUAUUAUAUUUUAUCUUUAAUUUUUUAAAGCACAGGUCCAUCAGAAGCUUUCACACAAAUGCUGAGUAUCUCAGAUUUUCCUGUGAGGUGGCGGGAACUUUUAUUUUUUAUUUAUUUUUUAUUUUUUAUAUAUUUUAUUUUUCUUCAACACUUCUAAGCUCCCUUUCUCGCUUGCAUCCUUGAAAAGAGCUUAUUCCUUGAGCUUUGUUUAUGCUGCUAUUCUGAUAGCAAGGCAAGGUGGAUGGAUAACUACCAAGCUCGAGGCGGUGAGAAAUAUCGCACGUCUGAGAGAUCAAACACAAAGCCGAACCAUCCAGUCAUCUGCUGUGUUCCCAUUUGUAUGUAUGUCAUUCUGCGCGCAUUCAUGUGGUGGGCGAUUCCGGGUAAAAUCGGCGAAUGUCCUUAUAUGCUGUUCAUCAAGCUGUGUGACAGGAAAUGAACAGGCAGAAAUACGAGGGUGACUUUGUGGGUGUGAAUAUAAAACUGGAAAGAGUUAGAGGAGGACAAUAGUUUCAUGCCGGAGUUUAUAGCAAUGGAUUUAUAUCAUAUCAAUUCCCCUGGUCUUUCUGGUUCACACGGAAAUCUGUUUGUUCAUUCCCAGUUAGUAAGCUGAUGGCAAAGGCAUCGGAUGCGUUCGAGAUGACCUCUAUCUCCUUAAGUGAGCUGCGAUUUAAAUGCCGGUGUAGCUAGACCAAGAUGCAGUGUUGCAGGGGAACUCGGGAAGUGUUAUUUAUUGAAGCUCAUGCAUGCUUUGAACUAUCACUCCUUGCUGCAGGCGGCCUGCUGAGAAACGAACGCUCGUUGUUGCUUUUUCUGUGUUCGCAAAAUCUCGAAGAUAGUUGUCUGGUUCGUUCUAUCUCAUAUUAUUUGAGAAGUGGUUCAGGUACAACCCUAAUACAGUUUAGCGUACCCCGGAUUUUAAGUUCAUCCGCGACAGUUAGGGUUACCGCUUAGCGCCGUGGUCUUAACUUCUUUAGGAUUAGUGUGGUCAAGAAAUUGAUUCUGCCGAGGGUCACCGCCCUAUGAUGCAUUCUUUGUCGGGCUUCAGAGUGGGCGCAAUGGGGGCUGUUUUCACCCCUGACGGUGAAUAUCUCGCCCGUGAUCUAAUAUUAUAUCGUGUUACUGUGCCAGCAUGAUAAUAUUAUACCAUUUGACACUUAUAUCCCAUAGCCCUCGUUUUUAUCAAGCAUUUUUACGUUCUUUAAUUAUAUAAUCCAUCCUCCGUACUCAUCGGUAGUGACUACCUUUGACCUCCUCACCUAAUUUAACCUGACCGUAAACCAUGGCUCCUCCUCGUCAACGAACCGCUACGAAUCCUGAAGAUUCGAGGUCAGAGGCCUCUAGCAGCACGAGAGAACGACAUCCAACGAGUACCAAGGGUCGUAGGCAGCCAAACAUCGCUGCUCUCGGCAGCUCAAUGUCAUCCAGGGAUAUGAAAAUUGCUGCUGCUGUUACGGCAGCUGGCAGUCACGAUGCGGGAACUGAGAACUCGACAGAGCCCGUUGGAAUAAAUUGGUCAAGCAUGCCACUCUCCGUUCUUCACCAGUACCGUCAUGCCUACAACCUCCCCUGUGCUAGCGCCUACUCAUCUCAAAUAUCCUCAAUAAUUCUAAGUCAAGGAAUUGGUCUCCGUUCCCCGACAACGAUAGCUGCUCGGCGCGCCCAGCUUGCCGCACGGCGCAAAACUGUUGAAGAUGGAAGUGUCUCCCGGUCUUCCAAAAAGGAUGAUAUUACGAAUAAUAAAUCGCUCGACGGAGAUAAUAGCAGUAGCGCGCCAGGCAUGGAUUUGCAUCGUAUUUCUACUGUUCGCGGCCAGGGAAAGGUAACGAAAGAUCAGCUUGCCACGGCGGUGAGGAAGCAUUUUAAUAACGUGGGGCUUGUAGAGCAGGAUGCCAUUGCAAGGUUCUUGUAUAAAGUCCGCGAAGAGGGGAAGGGUCACGAAUUUCGUCUGCGGUUCCAACCAUGAAAAUGGCGUUGGAGGGAGUGCAACCUUUUCUUCCGGUUCCCUUCUCUUUUGGCAUCUUUGUUGGGCUUUUUCCUUGACGAACACAUACCCCUUGUUUAAUUUGGGCUUUGAAUAAUGUUCUUGCUUUCUAUCCUUAUGUGUGCUAUCUUCGGUGUUGGGCGUGCGCUUUCCAGGAGUUGGAUCACUUCCCUUGGCUUUUUCAUAGGUUCUCCUUAUCCUAUAAUUACCUAUUUUUGAUUAAUUCAAGAUGAACUUGACUGUCCAUCCGUGUCGCUGUCUUGUACGCAUACCCUCAAUUGGCGUAGGGGUGGUCAUCGCCUGUGAUAUGGAGCGUUGCGCAAGGACAGUCCUUUAUUCCUCUUAUCUCCUGACCCGUUUUAUCAUACAAAUAUGCCAUUCUCUCGACUUUGGGGUUUAUAAGGGGAAUCACGACUUAAUUGCAUAUCUACGGACAGAGUUUGGUUCUACACAGCAAACCUUUGCAUUGUGUAUACGCUUUGGGAGAGCUUCUCCUCCGGCAUAACAGUCCAUGAGAACUAUGUCAAUGAUAUCAUUCAGCUUAAUCUGUAGAAUACAUAUCUAUCCACCUCUAUUUUCGACUUUUGAACGUUGAAGCGGACAAGUGGUAUAUAACGCCAUUGGCCAAGCAAAACACCCCUUCCGAAUAUCCGCACUCAUUUCUAUUUCUAUUUCCUUUUUUCCCAAGGCAGUACAAAUACGAACUGGAAAUAUAUAUGGAUGGUAUCAUACAUAACCUCCCUAAACACUAUGCGACGAUGCAGUAUGCUCAACAGAACUGCCAGGUUUUUGCUCAUGUACAUAUUUCUUACUCCUACCCCAUUUUAAGAUAGAAAUGCUCGCCCUUUUCGAGAACCUUGAGCUCAUCUCCGACGCGAAGUGUGAAUUCUGCAUAUUUAGCGUUAACCUCUUGC